UGGCAGAAUAUUGCCCUGAUGAAAAAUGCAUGCAGGCUAUACUUCGUCCAGGGUUAUUACUAAAUGUAAUUAUUUGUGUCCAUAAUAAAGAAGGCUAAUGCUAAAAGCAGUGUUCACAUAUAAAGGGGGAACGGUGGAGGGGAGGGCGAGCUAGUGAGCGGAGAUACAAGAGUUCGGGUUGUUGGCUGGGGCAGUUGUCGAGAGGUAGGCUAUUGCAAUUGUGUUACAAACCGAAAAAACGAUGAAAUCCGCCGUCGCAGCUGCCGAAACAACGGUAGCAUGGUAGCUUUGGACUGGGGUUUGCAAGACGAGCGCCGAUAUCUACACGUUACUGUAAUUUUAACACAGAAUUACUUAUCCCCCUGAUCGAGUCGGGUAAACCACCGUCCGAGAUGGGGAAGGAGGUUAAUGGUGUUUCGCGGAGCCGGUUUGAGAUGUUCUCAAACAGCGACGAGGCCGUCAUCAAUAAGAAGCUGCCCAAGGAGCUGUUGCUACGAAUCUUCUCCUUUCUGGAUGUGGUGACACUCUGUCGCUGUGCCCAGGUCUCACGGUCGUGGAAUGUGCUCGCUCUGGACGGCAGUAAUUGGCAGAGGAUUGACCUUUUCGACUUUCAGAGAGAUAUCGAGGGGCGAGUGGUGGAGAACAUCUCGAAACGAUGUGGGGGAUUCCUGAGGAAGUUGAGUCUGAGGGGCUGUCUGGGGGUGGGGGACAGCGCUCUGAGAACCUUCUCCCAGAACUGCAGGAAUAUCGAGCUGCUUAGUUUGAAUGGCUGCACCAAGAUUACUGACAGCACAUGUAACAGCCUCAGUAAGUUCUGUCCCAAGCUCAAGCACUUGGACCUCGCCUCCUGUACCUCAAUCACCAACCUGUCACUCAAAGCACUCAGUGAGGGCUGUCCUCUGUUAGAGCAGCUUAACAUCUCGUGGUGUGACCAGGUGACUAAGGAUGGCAUCCAGGCCUUGGUACGAUGCUGUCCCGGACUCAAAGGCCUUUUCCUCAAGGGCUGCACACAGUUGGAGGAUGAAGCACUGAAGCACAUUGGUGCACACUGUCCAGAGCUGGUCACUCUCAACUUACAGACGUGUUCGCAGAUCACAGACGAAGGUCUCAUUACUAUAUGCCGGGGCUGUCACCAUCUGCAGUCGCUGUGUGUCUCAGGUUGUGCCAACAUCACAGACGCCAUCCUCCACGCCUUGGGACUGAACUGCCCGCGCCUCAGAAUAUUAGAGGUGGCUCGCUGCUCUCAGCUCACAGAUGUGGGCUUCACUACACUAGCAAGGAAUUGUCAUGAGCUGGAAAAGAUGGACCUGGAAGAGUGUGUGCAGAUCACGGACGGCACACUUAUCCAGUUGUCCAUCCACUGCCCUCGUCUGCAAGUUCUGAGCCUGUCUCACUGUGAGCUGAUUACUGACGAUGGCAUCAGACAUCUGGGCAGCGGGCCUUGUGCCCACGACCGGCUGGAGGUGAUCGAGCUGGACAACUGCCCCCUGAUCACAGACGCCUCGCUGGAGCACCUGAAGACCUGCCACAGCCUGGACCGCAUCGAGCUCUACGACUGCCAGCAGAUCACCCGCGCAGGCAUUAAGAGACUAAGGACCCAUCUACCUAACAUCAAAGUGCACGCGUAUUUCGCCCCCGUCACCCCACCCCCCUCGGUCGGGGGUAGUCGCCAGAGAUUCUGUCGUUGCUGUAUCCUGCUAUGAUGUGAAGACUGCGUCCCCACCCCCCCUCAGCCCAACAUCUGCCCCUCCACCCAACCUGGCUCGGCCUGGUCCGAUCCGGCCUCCGGGUAUACAUGCUGGUGUGUCCCCCCCCGAUUGGAGCUGCAGAGAGAGGGAGAGAGCCCAAACACCACCGGGUCUGGGAAGAACCUUCCCAACGACAUUACCAAACCCACUCACAACAGCCUUUGUCAAACACAAAUACACAAACACAAAUAAACACACACACACACAUCACCACAGAUGAGCGUCAGUACAUUCCCUGCUGUCCGCAGGCCCAUGUUCUAAAGACCUCGCAGCAUUACAGGGAGGAUUACAUAAUAGAACCACUGCUGUUUACAGAUUAGGCUCCUAAUACACUGUAUGGACUACAUGAAGCUAGGGCUCACUUGAUACAAGGUUCCCUAUGGACUACUAUGACCUUUUACUGAAGGAUCAGGAAGAUAGGUUUGGAUAAGAAACUCACAUCCAAUGUGUGUUUGUGGGUGUUGGGAGGAUAACCAGAAACAUGGCUAGAGCUACUAUGAGGAUAUUGGUUUGGUAGAAAUGCCCUCAGAAUCUUUCAACGACUGUCAAGCUACCUCUAGACAUAACUGCACUUAAAUGUGAAGUUAUCUUUGUUAGCCUCUGGUUCCAUACUGCCCACUCCAAACCAAUUUUUUUUUUUGUUGCUAAAGAUCCGUUUCCAUUGGCACUUUUGAAGUCAACCCAGGUUAGGCUGGACUUGGUGGCUAGCUGAAAUUGUUUCCACUGCCUCCUAAAUAGAAUAAAUUAUGUCAUGUUGCUAGGUAGCCAAUAUGUGACUGCAGCUGGCUUUGCUAAUGUUGCUAACUGGCAAGAUGUUGAAGAAUUUAAAUUCACCCUCACAAUACUGUAACUAACUUUAACCCAUACUCCUGUCAGUGCUAGCCAUACUCAGAACCAUGUAUUUAGUUUGCUAACUAGCUAAACGGUUAGCGUCGCUAUUGGCUAGCUAGCUAAUCAAGCAAACCAGACGGCAGGUUUGAGUUU